CUGAUCUUCACAGAUAUGGAACCCACCAGAAGGUAAAGGUGAUCAGUCACUUCCAGCAGUCACAGAAUGAGCACCACCAAAGCUACCAAGAGACUGACGGAAAGACUAACCCUAACCCUAUUUAUGGUUUCAUAUUCAUCAACUCAUAAAGUUAGUUCAACAAGCUUUGAAGAUAAACCUGAGUUCCCAGGAUCAAGAUCUCAAUAUGUUCACAAACUGGAAUUUCUUCAUCCAGAGAUAUUGCAGGGCAUCCCUGUAUACAGAGUCAUGAACAGAAAUGGGAAGAUAAUCGAGAGUGAUCAAGAUCCACAACUUACCAAGGACACAGUGUUGAAAAUGUACAAAGAUAUGACUCUGUUAAAUACUAUGGACCGUGUGCUGUAUGAAUCUCAGAGGCAGGGAAGAAUUUCAUUUUACAUGACCAACUAUGGUGAGGAAGGAACACAUAUUGGCUCAGCCUCAGCACUGGACCCAAGAGAUCUGAUAUUUGGACAGUACAGAGAAGCUGGAGUGCUGAUGUGGCGUGGUUUUACUUUAGAUCAGUUUAUGAAUCAAUGCUAUGGUAACCAUCUUGAUUUUGGAAAAGGACGACAGAUGCCAGUUCAUUAUGGUUCUAAAAAACUGAACUUUGUAACAAUAUCUUCUCCACUUGCAACUCAGAUGCCACAGGCUGCUGGUGCAGCAUAUGCAUUUAAGGUACAGAAAAAAGGACUCUGUGUUGUGUGUUAUUUUGGAGAAGGUGCUGCUUCUGAGGGAGAUGCGCAUGCUGCGUUUAAUUUUGCAGCUGUUCUCGACUGUCCCAUUAUUUUCUUCUGUCGAAAUAAUGGAUAUGCUAUUUCUACUCCAACUAAAGAUCAGUAUAAAGGUGAUGGUAUUGCUGCAAGAGGCCCUGGGUAUGGAAUGAUCACUGUUCGAGUUGACGGCAAUGACGUAUUCGCUGUUCACAAUGCUACUAAGCAUGCAAGAGAUAUUUGUGUUUCUCAGAACAGACCGGUUCUUAUAGAAGCAAUGACAUACAGAAUUGGGCAUCAUAGUACAUCCGAUGACAGUUCAGUGUAUCGGUCAGUGGAUGAAGUCAGUUACUGGGACAAACAGGAUAACCCUAUAACACGUCUUCGUCACUAUAUGGAGAACCAGGGAUACUGGGAUGACGAGAUGGAAAAAGAGUGGAAAGUGGAAUCAAGGAAAAUGGUCAUGAAGGCAUUUGCGGCAGCAGAACCUCGUAAAAAGCCAAACCCUGAAUACCUGUUCACCGAUGUGUAUGACAAAGUGCCGCCCCAUCUACAGGAGCAGCUUAAAGAAAUGAAGAAACAUGUCCAGCAGUACAAAGAACAUUACCCGCUGGAACAACAUGAGAAAAUGUCCUAGAUGUUUGUUGUAAACUGUGAAGUGCUAACAGUUAGAUUGUGUGUUUCCUCCACACUGUCAUCUCUUCUGGGACCGCUGUUUUAUGCAUUAACAGUCAGAUCUAAAGAUUCAAAUUUAGUUUGGACCUAGACUUCAUGACAUUAGUCAGGAUACUAAUUUUGAGUCCACAACACAUAACAAAAAAAAUUUAUAAUCACAGAGUGAGGUAUACUUUGUCAUAAUUAAAAUUUUUAUUUCACUGUCUCACUUUCUUGGUGUUCAAAUAAUUGCGACAUCUGGUGGUGCAGCUCCACUAUUUGAAUUAUUAAGUGCCACAUUGAAGGGGUUUUUGUUUUUUGUACUGUAGUGACAGGACUUGAAACACUUGUUUUAUUAUUAGGUGAUAUUGUAGACAUUAGCACUUCAUUGGCACAUUUUUUGAUAGUGAAUUCAACCAAUUAAAAAGAAAAAGAAAAGAUAAAAUAUUUUCAAUUUGUAAUAAAUCUUUUGGAAAAACGGCGAAAACAACUGAAAAAUUACGUUAAAUAUAUUUUCAGUUUGUAAAGGAUCUUCUUUUGGAUCUCUGCUUUCCAACAGUGUUGUUUUGUUGUUUUUAAUUAUCUAUAGAUUUAAAGCCAUCAGAUUAUUUUAGUAAAAACUGCUUUUCAAAACACAAAUUAGUUCUCUCAGAUGUUUUUCAACUAUACUGAUUCAUACUGUCCUACACUGAUUCUUUGUUAAUUCAGUCAUAUGUGAAUAAAAGAUUGUUGUUAGCUAGUCAAAAUGGCAGGUAAUGUACCUAAAGCCUACUUACUUUUAAACUUUCAAACUAAACUAUGUAGGCUAUAGUAUUAUAUAUGGUAGCCUAUGCCAGAUUAAUUUCACAAAUACAUAGUAUAUAAUACAUAGUACAUUAAUAAAAUGGAAGGUUCGGUUUUUUCAAUGCUGUUAUUUAAAAAAUAUGUGUCACUUGUACAAAUGGAGCAUUUCUUUGUAAAUAUAGAUUUAUGAAUUUUAUAUGAAAUGUGGUAGAAACCCUGUAUCUUGGGUUCUUUAUUAUUAACUAGUCCUAUUGCAGGCCCGUAGGAAUGACUUUGGGAGGGGAUGGGGGGUGCACUGAUCGAUCGGGUACAAACUCUAUAUCAGAUUUUUGUUACAAUGGCAAACAUUAAUGUAUAAAUUAAAAAGCCUUACAAGUGGGGGGGGGGGGGGGCAUGCUCUCCCCCCCCCCACCACCACACACACACACCCCGGUUCCUACGGGCCUGCUAUUGUAAUCGAAUGAUACAAAAAUCUGAUAUAUACAAUAUACCUCAUUUACUUAUUUGUGAAUUAUAGCUGGAAAUUAUUACACAGGAUAGUCUUAGUACCUUGUCCAUUUUGAUGUGCAUUUUUUUCAUUUUGACUCGGUUGUGUAUUGGUGCAGGUUGAUAUAAGUGUGUGUGUCCGGGAUGUGUAUUGGAUUAGUUACAGGUGGGUAUUAAAGUUUGGCUUUGAUUAUUUCAGUGGUGUGCAUAUUUGAUAGUUGAAAGGAAUAUUAUUUUACAAAUAAAUGUUUGAUACAGUACAAUAAUACCAUAUAUUCACAUUAUCAUUGAUGUUAUAAAAAGAAAUCACAGACCUGUGAAAAUGAAAUUACAACGAAUAAUUAUUGUCCAUUACGAAAGUAAUGUGACACGAUCAGGUUGAUACUGAAUGACAUGGUUUCAUUGGUUUACCUUGAAUAUUAAUAUUAUACAUUACCUGCUAUAAUUAACCAAUCAGGAACAACUUUAAAAUGCAUAUCAACAUGUGCAAAGCAGAUUGAAAUUUGUUUUAUUUGGUCAAAAAUGUUUAUUCUUUGUAAUUCUAUAAUAUUUGUUAAAUAGAUGGUAAAAAAUAUUACUGACAUCCCUAAUUAUGUUGGGGUUGGGUUUUUGUUUACUAAUAUUGUACAUACUGAUACUAGAGGGGAAUUUUGUAAUUAUAUCUAUCAUGAUCACUCAAGAAAUUGUUUCUGAGAAAUAAAUUUCUUAAUGUUGAAAUCCAGGGUUGAUUUCCUCUGUGAUAGUGUUGGGUAGAUAAUGAAUAUUAGAGUGAAUGGAUGUGUAUGUAUUUUCAUGAAAAACAGUUGUAUGCAAGAGGUUACUCACACUACGAGUCCAGUCAUAUUGUGUCAUACAAUACAUGUGUGUGGGUUAUGUUCAAGAAUAACGCUUUACAACAACUAGUGUCAGAUGAUCAUGAUUAAUUAAAUAAUUAAAAUAACUCUGAAGAUAAUGUAUUGGGCUUCAGUAAAAAGCAAGUUAAUAUUACCUUCUUCCAGUUUUUAUCAUCUUCCAGUGAUUAUAUUUUACCAGACAAGAACAUAACCUUGUUGAGAUUGAAUACUCUUAAUCUGGGCUUAUUUCACAAAACAUCGUAAGUUUACGUCUGCAACUAGCAGUUAUACUGGUCAUUCAUUUACAUGUGUUUGACAUCUGUUUGAUGCAGAAAAUUACAUCAUUACGGAAGGUGGAGUAUUUUAAGGAC